AUGGUGGAAACCCAGGACUGGAUUGUGACAGUACCCCCCCCGGCAAGGGACGGCUCCAGACGUCCCAGGCCGAGCCGGGAGGGUGGCGGGGGCCCGAGGAGGGCUAAAACUCCUCAGAGGCAGCAGAGUCCCCAUCCUCCGCAGAGGAAGAUGAGCAGGAAGAGGCAGCCCCAUCGGUGCCCCCCCUCACCAGAGAUUCAGAAGGUCCAUCAGCAGAUGGGCCCGCAGAAGGCGGAUGCUCACGGGGCGAAGGGAGAGGAGCACCAACUCCUGAUGAGACAGGUGGAGGAGCAGCAGGACUUGCCGAAGCCAGUGGUGAAGAACUGGCCCCCAGCGAGGCAGCGGACCAACGGUCCCUCCCUCAACCAGAGACCACCCAUGGAGACGUCGGAGACGGUGCGACAGGAAGCAGAAGCGCGGCUGCCGCGGAGGACUAACAGCUAA